GGAGGCGGAAGCUCUUCCAUGGAAACAACAGACGCUUCUAACUCAUACUCGUUUAUGUUUACGUAGUAGGUGGGAUAUGGAAAUAAUGUAGUUUAAUCGGGAACUCCUGGAUGUUGCACAAUUGAUAAUUAACUAUACUGACAGAAAAGGUAUCUAAAUGAGUCUAUGUCGAAUUUUCUUUGUGCAGUUUGAAGUUUUAGCUUUAGCUACUUGCUAGUCAACAGUAGUCUCUUGAAUGCAGGAUAAAUGGUGCCCAACAUGGGUUAGCUACUGGGGAAAUGGCGUACAAAACAUGUGAUAUUACAUAUCGAACUGUAUCAAGGAGCAGUUUGCCAGAAAGGGACUGUUUUAAAAAUGUGGAAACUAGGCGGCCGAAGCUCCGCUGUGGAUCGAGCACAGGCGUUGCUGUCCGCAAAGAGGAGCAACGGAGGAGACGCUCAAGGCUCCAGGCAAGAGUCCUCAUCCAAAACACGGGUUUCUGUAGGUGAAUCUUUCAAACCCAGAUCUGCUCCCCCCGAAACACACAAAUUAUUCUCAGAUCUGAGCGACUUGUCCUCAGUCAGUUCAGCUCCUGAGUCUGGAGGGGAUGUUAAAGCUACGGAUGCUGAAAAGAACCAUGGAAGAGAACUGGAUUCAAACAAGGGUCUCAGGCCGCAGAGCUCUCUGGGAGGAGGAAGCAGGUUUUUGAAGAAGGCUCCACCAACAAACAGCAGCCAGUCAUCCGUCAACAGGGUCCAAAUGCACCCUGAAUCUGAAUCAAGAAAUGCAUCAUCUUCACGGCAUACCACUCAGACUGCAUCCUUGACUAGACUGGCUGAAAUUGAGAGUCGCAUCCGGAGCCGCAAGCAGGUGCAGGAACAGGCCAGACAGGAGACAAAGUCUGCCCUCAUUCUGACUUCGGAUUUGGGAGUGUCAUCAUCAGCACCAGCAAGAGUCACCCAAACCCCAGAGACAUCUGUGCAACAGUCUGUACAGUCUAGCAGUGACCAGAGCCUGAGGGGAACCCGUUUCCUUAAGAAGAAAGCAGCUGGAGCUCUUGAAAACACUAAUACAUCUCCUACUAUGGCUCCAAAAAGUGUAGAUGUUAGUGUGACAGUCAGGUCCAGAGCAGCAGAUCGUGUAGCAUCUUCAGAGCGUUUGGAGACAAAGUCAGUUAAACUAAUGAGUGGUGUCAGUCUGGAAAGUGAUGAAGAAGACAUGAAGAAACUGCUUGGAGACUCGAUGGACUCAACAGACUAUAGCUUCUUAAGACCUGGGAGACCUUCCUCCAUGAAAAAGUCAGAUAAGGUAUUCCUCAAAAGCAGUCAUGAAGUUCACUCCACUCUACUUACUGCCGAAGAAAUUCCUUCGCCACCCUCCAACACAGCACCACCUCGCUCCUCUGCUUCUCCUUUCCGAUUCACUGGCCACGCUCAGGCCCGCUUCAGCCCCUCUGUGCUCUCUUCUUCUCCCUCUCCACCCUGUGUCUCCUCCCCACAUCCGCCAGAAAGACCGGGCACCUCCUAUAGGCCAGAAAGCCCACAGCGUUCCCUGUCCUCCCUCUCAGGACGCAGUGAAGUGCUCUCUCUGGACGAGCUUUUCCCUGUGGAGACGGGAUCUGAACGCCCACACAGUGAGAUGAGUUCAAUUUCUUCUGAAGACUUCAAGAUUAAUGUGAUGACACUGGAUGACCUUGCACCUGCUCGCCUUGAAUUUAAUGCAGAAACGCCAAGAAAACAGGGUAGCCCUGUUCCAGGAUCUCCAGACAGAAAGCAGCAGCUACACGAGGAGGAACAGCAACAAGACGAGCUGCUGGAUUACCAAAGCGACUUUGAGAGUGAGAGCAAAACAGAGCCAGAUUACAGUGCCAGUCAAGUGUCAGAGGAUCUGCAAAGAAAUGGAGGUGAAGAGAAGAUGGUGUCAGAAGUCAGAGAUGGGGGUUUGGAUUCAGACAUGUCUCAUGGGAGGACAGAAGAUGAUUAUUCGAGAGCUAUCUCAGAAGCAAGUCAUUCCUCCACCUCACGGACCUCAGAUCGCAGUCACACUUCCAAGUCAAACAGCCAAGGCAGAAGUGAGGACUCCAGAUCCUCAUUAUUACAUGAGGGCCAGGUUUCAUAUCAACAGUCGAGGAGACGUACUUCAGCCAGGAAGGUUUUAAAAGAAACUGCAGUACAGACUCAUUCUGGUCCACUGGCUUCAACAUGGCCAACAGAUAUUCCUGCUGUGGACCCUAUGGUGAGCAUGACCUACAUAAAUCCUUCUCCAGUGGUCACUCAUACCCUCAAUGCAGAAAUGGUAGAAGCAAUCAGCACCUUCAAUCCAGCUGUAUUUGCUCUCAAUGAACUGCUAAAACAGCAGCUUGCCAUGACAAGGCGAUUCAUUGAAAGCAACCGCCAUCUGCACUCCAGCCUGGUGCAGAGUCUGGAACCACCAAACUACAGAUAUACCACUCUCGAGGACACCAAGAAGCUUAUCCACAUGCACAGAUCUCCCAAACUGACAAUGAAGGAAGCUUUAGAGGAGGUGCUUCAGGAGAUCAGAGACGACCAUUGUAUGUGACCACUGUGAUUGCAAGGACCAGAAGCUGGAUCAUGUCUUUAUUUUUAAAGACAAUUUUUUAUACACAUUUAAAAACUUUUUUUCUCUACUAAGUGGGAAAUUACUUUAUUAUUCAUAAAACACUACAUGGAGUUUUAUACCAAGUGUCAAAAUCAAGAGCUGGCAGCCAAAUCCAUCACUUUAGGUUCUUAAUAAAUACUGGACUGGACAUUAUAAGGCUGUGGUCUGCUAAUGUAAAGAUGGGCACACCUCCACGCCACCUGCAAGUUAAGGGAAGAGAUGACAGGCUCCUCCAGCAGGAUGGGUUCGUUCGGAUGUUUCCAGGCUCGAUCAGCAGACCCCAGUGGACUGUAGGCCGUCAUCACCAGGCCCCGAUCCCG